UCACAUUCCUUUUAGUGAGCACAAAGAGGUCAGGUGGUACACGCCGAGUGUCGGGAUCUGAACAAUGAUGUCAGCAUACCUGAUGAGAAGUGGGUUGAACCCAUCAAGACAGUUCAGUGCCGCGGCCUCAACUUUCUUCAAGUGUUCCAAAGCCACACUGCAAAAAAGCGCAGCUUCUACUAGUUUCUCUAAGAACUCGCAAGCUUCUGUGUCCCUCAGCAGAUUUCCCGGGCUAAGAACCAUUACUACUGGCAAUAAUACCGGUAUUGUAGGCCAGAGGGCAGAGCCUGCAUCUAAUCCAGAAGGAAUAGUCUCUGCAUGCUUCCAGAGAAUCAGUCUGCUCGGUGACGAAUGGAUGCUGGAGGCUCGGUGGAAGGACGGAUUCAGGAGCAAAUACCCCUACAUUUGGCUCAGAGACAACUGCCAGUGUCCUAGUUGUUUCUGCCCUUCCUCCGCCAGCAGGAGGGUUCUCCUCAGAGAUCUGGACCCUUCCAUCGUUCCCGUAUCAUUCACUACCAGUGAGGAUUCCGGCGACCUUGAAAUACUCUGGUCAGAUGGACACAGAGGACUCUACAUGAGUGACUGGUUACGAGAGAGGUCGUUCUCAGAAGACACGAGAGAAAGGAGGCGCCUAAUAAGGAGUCCUCCUCGCACUUUGUGGGGCUCUGACAUCCUCUCUGAUCUCCCGGUGGCCAACUUCCACGACGUCUUACGGGAGGACGAAGCCCUGCUCGAGCUCAUCCAGAAGUUGGAGGCCUUAGGACUGGUGAUCGUGCAAGACACUCCUCUUCAGCAGGAGGCGAUUUUCACGCUUACGAAUCGCCUCGGGUACAUCAAGCAGACUCAUUACGGGGUUACGUUCGUCGUUAAGAGUCGAGUUUCACCGAAUAACCUAGCCUAUACAGCCGACUCCCUUGAUAUGCACAGUGAUAUUCCCUAUUUCGAAUACAAACCAGGGAUACAGCUGCUACACUGCAUAUCACAAGCCAAAGGCACCGGUGGAUCCAACAACCUGGUCGACUCAUUCAACGUGGCUCGACAGCUGCAAGAACUCGACCUGGAGAAAUUCCAGAUUCUCACGACGGUUCCUGUCGACUUCAUAGACCAUGGAGUCGAAGAAGAUGGACUGAAUUUUUAUGCUCUGGCCAAGCAUCCACUCAUCAGACUGGAUAAGAACGGGGAGGUGCAGGCCGUUACACUGAACCAAAUGGUCAGAGACUCCUUCUUCCCUGUCUCUGUGGAGAAAGUCAGGCCCUGGUAUGAGGCCAUGGUGACAUAUUACCGUAUGCUCUUACACCCGAACAACGUCAUCAGUUAUAAGAUGAAAGAGGGAUACAUUCUAGUUUUCGACAACCAAAGAGUCCUGCACGGGAGGGAAGGAUACCUCGUGACCGAGGGCACAAGGGAGCUCCACGGGUGCUACUGGGACUGGGAUAUGGUUAGGUCCUGCCGUCGAGUCCUUCAAAGGAAGCUUGGAAUCCUCAAAACUUAGGAUCUUGAGGAAGGCUACGCUGGACCCGCCAGAGAGUUACUGGUGAAUUUCAAUGUAAUAUAGGAAUCUCCUGAAGCUAUUGUUGAAUUACAAUGUACUUUUGUGGAAAUCUCCUGAAGUUAUUGGUGAAUUUUAAUGUAAUUUGAUAGAAAUCUGAAGUUAUUGGUGAGUUUCAAUGUAAUUUUGUGGAAAUCUCCUGAAGUUAUUGGUGAGUUUCAAUGUAAUUUUAUGGAAAUCUCUUGUUAUUGGUGAAUGUCAAUAUAAUUUUAUGGCGACCUCCAAGAUUAUUGGUGAAUGUCAAUAUAAUUUUAUGGCGACCUCCAAGAUUAUUGGUGAAUGUCAAAAUAAUUUUAUGGAAAUUUCCGAAAGUUUUUGAUGAAUGUCAAUAUAAUAUUAUGGAAAUUUCCGAAAGUUUUGAUGAAUGUCAAUAUAAUUUUAUGGAAACCGCCAAGAGGUAUUGGUGAAUUUCAAUGUAAUUUUUUUAAAUCACACUUUCAGAAUAAUAGGAAGACUGAAUUGUUUACCUUGAUUUGGAGUUUUCCAAGAAACCUCGACGACGCUACAUGUACGUUUUUCCGAUGACUGAAGACCAGUAGAUUUGUCUCGUUUGGAGUGAUACGGGGAGGGGGAGG